UUCCUCCUUUUAUCCCUUCACUGCUGCAUUUGCAUUUUUGUGAAAAAAAAUCAAAGUUUUUAAAAACCCUCUGCAUUUGUGUUCAAGUUUUUGAAAACAAACCAUGGAUUUUCAUACCACUUUCAAUAAAAUUGCCCAAAAAACCCAGAUGACAUACUAUUGUAUAUUUGCUGGUUUCCUCAUAGUCUCAGCAUUUUACAUACCCAUGCAUAUGACUCCAUCUAAGGAAGGUGCAACCAAAAUCAUUCUUGGUUAUGUCUUUCUUUAUUUUUAGUUUAUUGAUUGGCUGGAGUGGAAUCCUUCUGUCCAGGCCAAGCUGUCUUAAUGAGCUAGUGAAAAAAUCCAGGCUAUUUAGGUUUGUUUUCAAGGUUUAUUAUUUGGUGGUAUCCCUCUGGGUUGCCAUUUUAUUCGAUAAACUUGCUGACUAUGAGGUUAAAGAUCACAGUUGGAACUUGGCUAAGAUUGUUACAACUUCAGUGGGCAUGUUCCUUACUCUCCUUGCCUUUCUAAUGAUACACUUUUUCACCCGCUAUGAAAAUAUCAAUACCAAUACAGGCUUUGAGAAAAAUCUCUCCUCAUUUCUCAUAAACCUCAUGUUUAACCUCUUCAUGAUUAUUGAGGGUUUAGUAAAGAAGGCUAAUUACAUAUUACUUGUGGGUAUCUUGGUUUCAUGUGUGUUGGAAGGUUAUGUUGAAUUGCUGGAUUACUUCUUCAGUGAAGGAGAUGAUGAUGAUGAUGGAGCUGGAUCUGGAGCAUCUACGGUUGAGAUGACAGGCGGGAAGAGCUUCUCACUAAGUCAGAUUCAGAUUGCUACACUGCCACGUGAGUCACCACGUGGCUCUAGCUCACAUGGUGGAAUGGGUCCUCCUCCUGAGGGUAUGAAAGCAAAGAUGGUUCCUCCUCCUGUGGGUAUGAAAGCAAAGAUGGGUCCUCCUCCUGAGGGUAUGAAAGCAAAGAUGGGUCCUCCUCCUGUGGGUAUGAAAGCAAAGAUGGGUCCUCCUCCUGAGGGUAUGAAAGCAAAGAUGGGUCCUCCUCCUGUGGGUAUGAAAGCAAAGAUGGGUCCUCCUCCUGAGGGUAUGAAAGCAAAGAUGGGUCCUCCUCCUGAGGAUAUGAAAGCAAAGAUGUGGAAAGCAAAGAAUUGUUUUCCUCCUGAGGGUAUGAAAGCAAAGAUGGGUCCUGUGGUGAAGAAACCCAAUGAAGCAAAAGUGACAGUAUGUGGGGGAGUAGCUGGGCCUCCACCAGUGAUGGUACCAGUAUGUGGGGGAGUAGCUGGGCCUCCACCAGUGAUGGUACCAGUAUCACCCAAUGGAAAUGGCUCAAAACUUGUUCAACGCCGCCGCGGCAGACCAUUAUGGGUGCCUUAGUGGCUAGCUGAUGGGUGACAUGGCCCCAUAGGAGUCUGCUUUAUCAGUGUCUACUAAUAUCUUAUUAGUUUUAGUUUCAUAUGGCUUAGUGGCUAGCUGAUGGGUGACAUGGCCCCAUAGGAGUCUGCUUUAUCAGUGUCUACUACUAUCUUAGUUUUAGUUUCAUCCUAAUCUAGUAUUUUCAUGUAUGUAAUUAUCAUUAGUCUUUUCAUGUAAUUAUUAUGCCUACACAUAGGCUAAAUUAUAUAGGUAACCUAGCCAUAUAAUUAUUACUUUGUUCAGAAUUCCGUAGUUUGAAUUAUCAAUUUAAACCCAUAUUACUUGUA